CAUAUUAUGUGUAAACUUAUUUUUUUAUGUUGCUGAUGUGUACAUUUCUACACACGAUCUAGCACGUCAUUCAAUUAAACAACUGGGUUAUACGCGUUUACCUGGCGACAUUUGGCGAAAUUACAAAUCGCAACAAGACUCAUACGAGUAGUACUUGUGUAACAAUUAGAAGUUUAACCGUUUUAGAAAAUGUUGCGUGACAAAAAACUGCUAACGAGCAUCGUUACGAGCUUGGCUUUAAUUUUUGGCCAAUCAGUACUAUCGCUCCACACCGGCUAUACAUAUGACAAAACACCCGUCUCGUCUGCUGCCCUCCAUGCUGAUUUGAAAUGCGGUUUCAUGUUCAACGAACUGACCCAUUUACGGCUAGUCAACCUGUUGAUGACAGAAGAAACCUUCCAACAGGUACCGCCAAGCGAAACGAUGGAAAUGAUCGGUUUUUCCUACAGCAGAGCAAUGGUACACGCGUUGAUCAACAUAGAAGGCAAUGCAUUGAACACGCUAACGACGAGCAGAAAAAAAUAACUAUCGGAAAGCUUUUGGACACCAACAAUUAUGUAUUGGGCUUACUGCAAAAGGAAGUGGAAAAUAAUUGCCGCGGAGGAAACAAAUUCAACUCGUACGACCGCUGGUAUCAGGACUGUAAAAACACUGAAGCAAUCUGUCUUGAUCGGAUAAAACUUGAAGUAAUGAGAAACUUUUCAGCAAUUAGACACAUGUUGAACAAAAACAAGUUUCCAUCAACCGAUAAUCGACAGUAUAUAGCGUUGAAUCUCAAAGAGCUGUUGAUGAACAACUUUGGAAAUAACUUACAAGUCCUGUCGGACUUGAUGUAUGUGUACAACGUGCAAGUGAUAUGGCACAACACAAUUACACAACUGCAUGCGGCUUGGGCACGUACGAAAGAAAUGCAAUGGUCCACGAACAAACUGAGCCAUAUCAAAGUGCAUUAUGACUUGUAUUUUGAUUUCUUGAAAGUCUUCAUAGUUCGAUUGUCGUGGAAAUAUUUAUUGCAAAUUAAAGACUACACCGGUUCCAUUCGAGAGAAUUAUGCAGUACAAUGGUACUUCUUAGUGGUGGAUUUCAAAAAAUUGUUAAACAUGCACGGUGAUCCUCACAUCGAGUAUUUGCUGGUAGCCAUAGAUAACUUAGCCAAAGCACAGGAAAGUAUAGUCAAUAUUAUAUAUUGCCUUGAAGAUAUACUGCGAACGAUCACUCCUCCGCUCGAAUGUGUGGCAACUGAUCCAAUGAAUUUAGACGGCGCAGAAUUUAAAGUACCUUACAAAAGCAUGGACCAAAGCCUAACGAAGUAUUUUAUGGACAUGAGUAGACCGAGGCCAAUUGAACGCAACGGUCUAGCCAACACCAAAUUGUUCCUGUCUCAUCUCCGUGUGAUAUUCUCAGAGGUUGACUUUGGUCUUAUUCGGUUAUUUUUAGAUUAUAUUAACGAAAUCAAUCAAUGAUAUU